GGUAAAUGCGAGGCACCGUUGUGUUUCACGUUAAUCUCCACAAUAGCCCUGUGAGGGUAGGGGUGCAUGCCUGAGACCACUGCUCACCAAUUUCAGACUCCAGCUUAUCUACCCUGGGCUUCCUUAGUUAGUCUACAGAAGACCCAGCCUGAGGCCUCACAAGGAGUUUGUAGAAGUUCAGAGUAGUCUGUGAGUAUGCUAUCAUCUAGUUCUGCUGCCUUUUGAUGCUACUGUGACUGGGCCUGAGAACCUGACUUGUUAAGCUACAAGGCGCUGAACCCUGCUGUCCUGAUGCUGCCGCGGGGAUUGCUCCAGUAACAGGGAUCACUCUGCCCAAAAGCUCCUUGUUGAAAGUUUCCUUUCAAGACUGCCAAACAGGGAAGAGGGCGGAAAUCAACUGGAAAUCGUGGGAAUGGAGGAGGUGAUGGGGCGGGAACAGGGUAGUGGAGGGCCAGCCAGGGGCGGAGGGUGCAGGCGGACAAGGCUUCCAGCUCCAUGUGGAACUGACCAAUGCUGGCUCUUCACCUCCUCCCCCGCCCCCUCCCGCCCCGCAGUGCCCUCAGCCCUGCUUUGUCUCCCUCCUCCAAACCACAGCGGAGUGUCCCUGUCCUCCAGACUUUGCUGAGGGUCCAGCACCUCUAGGGCUCAGCAUGAGCAUAGGGGAUUUGUAAUCUUUUUAAAUUUUUAUUUCACUAGUAAUUCAUAUUCACUGUCAAAAAUGAGAAAAUGCAAGUACACACAAGAGGAAAGGUGAAAUCACUCAAAGGUAACCAGUGUCUGCAUUUUUUUUUUUUUUUUUUGUGAGGAAGGUCAGCCCUGAGCUAACAUCCAUGCUAAUCCUCCUCUUUUGCUGAGGAAGACCGGCUCUGAGCUAACAUCUAUUGCCAAUCCUCCUCCUUUUUUCCCCCAAAGCCCCAGUAGAUAGGUGUAUGUCAUAGUUGCACAUCCUUCUAGUUGCUGUAUGUGGGACGCGGCCUCAGCAUGGCCGGAGAAGUGGUGCGCGCCCGGGAUCCGAACCCGGGCCGCCAGGAGCGGAGCGCGCGCACUUAACUGCUAAGCCACGGGGCCGGCCCAUCCAUAGCAUUUUUAAAGCCCAUGAGGGAUCCCAUUUUGUGUGUCUUAUUUUUUAACUCAGUCCUCUUCGCUCAGGGUUUAGUUGCUUCCAAGUUUUUGAAUGUUGAAAACAACCACAGUUAAUAUCCUUGCAGCUUUGUGCUCAUUUAUGAUUGCUUAUUUAUGGUAAAUUUCCAGGAAUAGAAUUCUUGAGAGAAAGGAGGUGUCCGGUUGUUAAUGGCUUCUGAGUAGAUGUCUUUCAACACAAGGCAUACAUCUGUUCAGGAAGAGAAAAAAAUUCUACGUGCAAAACCCACCUGAUCUUAGCCGUGUCCCAAGGGAACAGGCUGGAGCUAUGAGGCUGUGUUUCCAGAUCUCCAUCCUUUGUCCAGGGCAGAAGAGGAUGGCCAUGUCCCAGGAAUCGUUGACCUUCAGGGACGUGUUUGUGGACUUCACCCUGGAGGAGUGGCAGCAACUGGACGGUGCUCAGAAGAACCUCUACAGGGAUGUCAUGCUGGAGAACUACAGCCACCUGGUCUCCGUGGGUUACCUAGUGGCCAAACCAGAUGUGAUCUUCAGGUUGGGACAAGCAGAAGAGGCUGCGAUGGCAGGCGGAGAAACCCCAAUGCAGAGCCGUCCAGAAUUCUGGGAAGUUGAUGACCAGGUGGAUAACCACAAGGAAAGCCAAGGCAAACCUCUGUGGAAAACUGCAUUCAUAGACAAGGAAGCACUAAAGGAUGAAAGUGGCCAAGAAUUCAGAACAUGCAGAAAAAUCAUUUAUCCGAGCCCAGACUUUGUUUCUACAAGACAAAGACUCCCUAGAUAUUAUUCAUGUGGAAGGUAUUCAAAACAUAAUUUAAACUUUCUUAGUCAAAAUAGAAGCUAUGUAAGAAAGAAAAAUGAUGAAUGUAAGGCAUAUUGGAAAUUAUGCUUCCAUUCCAAUCUUGAUAAAGCUCAGCCUGGAGAGAAAUUCUUUGAGCCUAGUCAACGUGGAAAAGCCCUCCAUCAUAAGCAAGACCUUAAUAAAAGGGAGAGACUUCUAACUGGGGAGAAACUCUAUGAAUGUUCUGAAUGUGGAAAAGUGUUUAUCCAAAAAGCAAACCUUGUUGUACAUCAGAGAAUUCACACAGGAGAGAAACCUUAUGAAUGCUGUGAAUGUGCAAAAGCCUUCAGCCAGAAAUCAACCCUCACUGCACACCAGAGAACUCAUACAGGGGAGAAACCCUAUGAAUGCAAUGAAUGUGGGAAAACCUUUAUUCAGAAGUCAACUCUGAUUAAACAUCAGCGAACUCAUACAGGAGAGAAACCAUUUGUAUGUGGUGAAUGUGCAAAAGCCUUUAAGAGUUCAUAUCACCUUAUUAGACAUGAAAAAACACACAUCAGACAGGCAUUUUAUGAAGAUAUCAAAUGUGGUAAAUCCAGCCUUAUGCAUCAAAGGACUCAUACAGGUGAGAAACCUGAAUGCAGUAAACAUGGGAAAGCUUUUGAUGAGAAGACCACUGCCAUUAAGCAGCAGAGAACUCAUACAAAAGAGAAACCUUAUGAGUGCAGUAAAUGUGGCAAAAGCUUCAGGGGAAAGUCACACCUCUCUGUUCAUCAGAGAAUUCAUACAGGAGAGAAACCCUAUGAGUGCAGCAUAUGUGGGAAGACUUUCAGUGGAAAAUCACACCUCUCUGUCCAUCAUAGAACUCAUACAGGAGAGAAGCCUUAUGAAUGCAGGAGAUGUGGGAAAGCCUUUGGUGAGAAGUCAACCCUUAUUGUACAUCAGAGAACUCAUACAGGAGAGAAACCCUAUAAAUGCAAUGAAUGCGGGAAAGCCUUCAGUGAGAAGUCACCACUGAUUAAACAUCAGAGAAUUCAUACAGGAGAGAGACCCUAUGCAUGUGGUGACUGCAGGAAAGCCUUCAGUAGGAAGUCAACUCUCAUUAAACAUCAGAGAAUUCAUACAGGAGAAAAACCAUACGAAUGUAGUGAAUGUGGGAAAGCCUUCAGUGUGAAAUCAACUCUCAUUGUACAUCACAGAACUCAUACAGGAGAAAAACCUUAUGAAUGCAGGGAUUGUGGGAAGGCCUUCAGUGGGAAGUCAACACUCAUUAAACAUCAGAGAAGUCAUACAGAAAAUAAAACCUAUUAAUAUACUUGAGAGUGGGAUAAUUUCACUACUAGUUAUACCUCAUUAUACUAUAUAUCAGUUCAUCCUGGGGUUCACCUUAUAAAUAUCAAGUUCACCUUAUAAAUAUCAUAUCAGUUCACCUUAUAAAUAUCAAUAAUGUCAGAAACUCCAUAUAUUAUUUAAUGUUCAUUUAACUUAAUAAAAGGCACAAAAGUAUAAUUCCAGAAGCAUGUUGAUCAAGUUUUCACCCAGAAUUCUUACCCAUGAGUGGAGAAUUGUACAUCAAAGAAUUCAAAAGUGGCAAAACUGUGAGUGUAUUGAUGUGAGGAAACCUUUAGAAAGAAUUUAAAUGUCAUUACCUAUCAGAGUAUUUAUGCUGAGGAAAAACUAAGAAUGAGUUUAGGAAACCAUGUUAGAAAUUAUGAGACAAAUGUGUUCCAUAUUCUAUAUCAAAUAUUUUGUGGGAAAGGUGCAGAGGUUGCAAACAAGCACUCAGUUAUAAAGUUAAGAUAUGUUCUCUGUGGAGUAGAGUGUGACAUUUUUUGAAAGAAUAGUAUAAAGCAUAAAAUAUUAAUCCUAGCUGGGGCAAACUCCUAGGUUAUUUCUUAAACAAAUAGAAAAUUGCUUUCGUAAAUAGAGUGAGAGAGGAUGAAUCAUCAGGAUCCCUGAAACAAAGGAGCUCAAACAGAAGAUCUUACACAUCUUUAGUGCAAAAAUGCAAACCCGUUACAGAAAAGGCAUACCUCACUUAGGAACAGUGCUUACAAUUUAAUAUUCUUUGUCUUGUAAGGAAGAGUAAUCAUUUUAUGGUGAGGCAAUAAAAUGUUUUUAAUUUUCAGAGUAUCUCCCAUAACACCAAUAUUAUUUAGAUUGCAAAAAAUAGAAGGACAUUGAAUAUCCAAUAAUACACAAUUGAUUAAAAAUUGAUAUAUCAAUAAGGUGGAAUAAUAUGGACCAAUUAAGAAUU